GAUUAUUUAUAUUCUAUGUUCUCUUUCAAAACAGUAUGCUGUGAAGAUGUUAUUUAACUUUGGAGCAAGAUCUCAGAGCAGUACACUGCACAGAGAGUUUGCAAAAGAGUAUCAGGUUCUUUCUGUGGAGAAGCAACAAAACACUUCUGAAGCAGGUCCAUCAUACACAAGCAUACCACCCCAUCCAAACGUCAUGCCAGUUCUUCAUGUAUUUGCUGACAACAUUCCUUGCCUGCCCGAUGCCUUGACCAGCUAUCCAGCAGCUUUACCUUUCAACAAUGGAGGCUUUGCCAGGAAUCGCACAAUGUUUUUAGUUAUGCCAAGGUAUAGCAGAACAGUCCAAGAAUACAUAGCAUCAAGCGGAGCCUUAGACCCACGAGUAUCCACCCUGCUUCUGCUUCAGCUUCUAGAAGGUAUUGCACAUCUAGUAAGACAUGGGGUUGCACACAGAGACCUCAAGACUGAUAACUUACUUCUGGAUGAGAGCACCAGCGGCUUGUGUCCUCGGCUUGUGAUAGCUGAUUUUGGUUGCUGUCUGGCAGACAGAGAGUGGGGGCUGGUGCUUCCAUUCUACACAGCAGAGAUUGAUCGGGGAGGCAACUGCAACCUUAUGGCUCCUGAGAUUGCUUGCGCCACUCCUGGUCAGGGUUCUGUUCUGGAUUACACCAAUUCUGACGCCUGGGCAGCUGGAGCCAUUGCUUAUGAACUGUUUGGUGGUGUAAAUCCAUUUGGCUGGGACAGAUUGCAUAGCAGAACAUACCACAAUGAACAGCUACCUCUGCUUGCCAAGGCCCCAGUGGGAGUGAGGAAAGUUGUGUCCCUGCUUCUGAGAAGAGACCCCUCUGAGCGAAUAACCGCUGACAUAGCAGUCAACAUGCUGACCUUAGUGUUGUGGGCCCCAACUGCCUGGCUCCACAGCAAACAUGUGUCUGUUAUUGACAUCGACAGGUGGCUUGUUGGUCUUUCAGUUCAGAUGGUAGUUCACAAAGGAGAGUGGACUCUUGAGAAUGAGGUCCUGUAUCGAUUUUUGUGUCAUGCCACAACCGAAGACAUCACCAAUGCUCUUGAACUGCUGACGGAAGAUAUGGCAUAAAAUUACUCAAUAACAGUUAUAAACAACCGGUUGCACUGGCUUUGUCUUGAGCCUUGAAUUUGUAAAUAAGCCAUCACCAGUAUAAUCUGAAACAUGUCCACAAUUGAUAAAGAGUGCUAUAUUCCUUCGUAGCAGUUAUUUGGGACGUCACGCAACGUUUCCUUUUUAAAGGAAGAAAAGACGACCAAAACGACAGCUAUGGAGGAGAAUGAGGCCCCAUUAAGGAGGGGGGAUAUGAGUAUCCCACAUCUCCUUACUUUUAGCCUAAAUACCCCGGAUCUCGCUAAUUCCUAUUGCAAAAAUUGACGAUUUUCUUACUCGAUAUCCCGUUUUAUCUGAUCCAAAUAUCCCAUGUAUCCCGAAAACUCCUAGUAGGACUAAUAGGGCCACGAGAAUUUCAUAUGUGUUGAGUCAGUGGCCUGGUAUUCCUGUGGUGAGAAAUGAAAGUUCAGUCAUCCAAAGUCUGUGUUCCACGUCACCUAAAAGUUGUAUCACAUGAAGUGUUAACGAAUGUGUUUGUGGAGGUAGUGCUAAAUAAGCCUAAGUCUAAACAAGCCCUGAUUGUGAUUUCUGGAAUAUCUGAAAUUAGACUGGAGUGCAAUCUUUGAAGUUUUUCGUACCACAAGCUUUUCUUUUCCGACCUCUGUUAAUCAGUAAUAGUGACAGUAAUACUAGAGGGCUUGCUCUUGUAAAGUUUAUAUUUGUGAUAAAAGUAAAUGUUGGGUUUUUUCUUA